AUGAAAAAAAAAUUAAGUUUAUCAAAGCCUCUUUCCUAUAUACAAUUGGAUGACAAAGGAAGAAAUUCUUAUUGCAAAAGUCACUGUUUGAAGUAUGAACAAUUUGAGUAUAGAAAUGGGAACUGCUAUAUUUGUUGUGAGUAAAAGGAAUGCAAUUAGGACAAUGAGCCAUUAAGCAAGGCUGAAAUAGUCACUCUUUUAAAUUAAAUUUUAUCAUAAACAAUUUCAGAUGAAUAUAAGUAGUAAUAAAAGCAGAAGAUAAACAGUUUUAGAGAAGAUGUAAAUAAGUCAAUUGAGCUUUAUUGUGAUAGGGUAAUUCAAAACUUGGAAAAGAACUGCGAGUUGCAAAAUCAAAUAAAUUAAAAAGUCAAAUUUAUUUUAGAAAAUCUUGAAAAUCAAGAUAUCAAUCAAUUAGCAUAUGAGAUAUUAUCGACAUAAUAGUUGGAUUGUGCUAGUGCAAAGAUAGGAGUUGCAGCACCAUUGACUUAAGAAUUUUAUAGAUUGCUAACUAAAUGUGAGACUACUUUAAAUUGUAUUCAUUCCCUUACUUAAGACGAUCACAAAAAUGGAAAUAAUGAAUACCAUGUUCUGAAAAACUAGCUUGAUCUUGUCAGAAUGAAAAAUAUGCAAUUUUUAAGACAACAUGAAAUAAGUAUAAGAUCAUCAAAAUAAUGCAUAAAGAGAAUCUACUAAGAUAUUAAGAACUAAUAACUCAUCGCAGUGUCCCCAGGAUAAGAAUUAAACAAUCAAAUUACUAUUAUUAAGCCAAGUUAAUACAGUUUAUUUGGUUAAUUUGAAACUUUGAAAAAUGCCAUUCCAGCAGAAUUAUUUUGUAUAAGUCCAAAUGGUGAAUUUUAUGCAUGGGGAAGUAACUCAAAGAUUCAAAUCUACUAGUUGUAGACCAAAAUAUACAAACAGAUAAAUUGCCAUUCAACUCUAGAUUCGAUUGUAUUCAAUAUUAUGAAUGAUUUUGUAAUUAGUACACAAGAUUAGAAGAUCAAUUUUUGGAGUUUAAAUGAUAAGAAUUGGGAAUUCAAUUGUUCUUUUAAUAUGCUACCAGAGAGAGUUCAUGAUUUGACAUUUAUAGAAGAUGGGAAAAAACUCAUAUGCAAAUCAACAUCUAAAUUGACUAUUUUGAUUAAAGAAAAUUAGAGUUGGAUAAUUUAUUAGUAAAUUCAUCAAAGUUUCAAUACUAUAUUAUGGAAUCAAGUGUAUUCCAUGGUAAUAACAUCAAACCAGAAGGAUCAAAUCUAAAUUUGGUAAAGAAAUAAAAAAGGACUGUUUCAGUUGAUUUCUACUGAAUGGGAUCCAGAAAAUAAAAAGACUAAUAAUGAGGUUAGUUUUUUAUAGGCAAAUAAUGAUGGUUCAUUAAUAUCUUAAUGUCAGAAUAACAAGUUGAAGGUUUGGCAAAUUUUGGAAGAUGGUAGGUUGGAAGUCAUUUUUGAAUAAGAAAUGGAUGAAAACAAUAUCUUCAUAACAAACGAUUUUAUGAACUUAUUAGCCUAGAAUGAGAAGUCCUUAGUUUGGUACCAAUUAGUAAUGGAUGAAUAAUGA